AGUGCGAGUUCCAGCCUUACAGAUUAUAGGUGUUGUUCGGAGCGGUGCUUGUUACAUGGAUUUUUCGACGUCAGGGUGUAAAGGUCUUUAAGAAAAUUAUCACAUGCCGUUACUGUCCACUCGUCUGUAAGCAGAACGUGUUAUUUGUGAAUGUUAGUAUGAAUGGUAAGGUAGGGAAUGGAGCAGCGGGCGGUAUGCUGGCCUGUAUUGAGGGUCUGCCGCCGCUGCCCAAGAGCCUCAGCGGACUGCUCAACUCCAGCGGCGGGUCGUGGAGAGAGAUGGAGAGGAUGUAUGUGAAGAAGACCAUGAUUCAGGACGACCUGAGCCGAGGAAGGAAUAACACGGACAAUCUGCUGGCGAAUAAACCAGCAAACCUGGAUGCCGCCCUUGCUUUGCUCAGAAAAGAGAUGGUGGGUUUGCGGCAGCAGGACAUGUCCCUGCUCUGUCAGCUCUGGUCCCUUCACGAGUCCAUUCAGGAGUACAAGGGCAGCUGCCAGGACCUCUCCGCUGUGUCCAGUGCGGAUGGACCCUACGGGAUGGAGAACGGUUACUUCGACGAAGAUGAGGAAUAUUAUACUGAGUCCGGUAUGACGCCAACCGAAACGCCAGAUGGAAACGAUACGUCUCCUAAAAACGGGACAUCCAAAGACAGCUGGAUACACGACUCGUUCCAUAUCACAAUAUAAAACUCUUGACUUUUUCUUUGAUGAAAACAAGCUGUGCCAUAAUUUAGUUUGCUGGCAUUGUUUAGUUUUACAGCAGACUCUUUCUAUAGGAAAUAUAAUUGAGGAUUAUUAUUUAUUGUAUAAUAUACUACAUAGUAUUUUUUUUUUUUCCUGAUUUAAUCAAUAUUGGAAAUUUUAUAAGAUCUUUUUUAUAAGGGGCGAAGCAUAUCAUUUCAUAAUGAUGUUUACAGUCAAUCAUGUUAAAUUUAUAGACAUUUGCUUGAUGCUUCACCCCUCGGAAUUCAGUCUUAUUUCUCGUUGAGCAGUCGCUCGCUGGGUGCUUGCAGAAGACAGGGUUUUGUUUUUAUUGAAAAUAUGAAUUCUGAACAUGCUGGAAAUGCUACCUAUUCAUUGCUGAAAUGUAAUCCAGGGUAUAACCAGCACAAAGAGCUUGUGACAGCAUCACCAAAACAAAAGCGUAUUGCAUUAUGUAUUGUGUAACUCAUUAUGAACAUAUCUAUAAGUAAGUAAAUCGAUAACCAGCUCCAUAACAUUUCCAUCCCAUCUUGUGUAAACCUAUCGUAGAUCAUGUAUUGUAGAUGUUUUAUUUAUUUGCUUAUAAUUGCUGCUUGGAUUCAGUCUUCCAUUGUGCUUCCUCUCAAUGCAUAUCAUGGGAGUAUCAUUGUGUCUCUUUGCUCAAGUGUCAAGUGACUCACAUGAGGUCAUCUGUAUUUAUAAUGUGAGAUAAUAAAAUUUGUUUUGGCAAAAACAAA